AUGGGCAGGAUUGAAUAUAAUGGAGAACUUGGAGGUGUUUUUGAGGGUAAAAUUCUCUACAAAGUACGGUGGAAAGGCUAUACUUCUGAUGAUGAUACCUGGGAACCAGAGGUUCAUUUGGAAGACUGCAAAGAAGUGCUGCUUGAAUUCAGAAAAAAAAUUGUGGACAAUAAGCCUAAACCUGUUAAAAAGGACAUACAGAAACUAUCUUUAAAUGAUGAUGUAUUUGAAGCAGAAUCUGACAGUGAGUGGCAAAGUGAAACUAAAGGUGAUGUUUCACCAAAGAAGAAAAAGAAGAAGUCAAAAGAUGGAGAGGAUAGAAGUCCAGAUGAUCUGAAGAAGAAAAAGUCUAAGUCUGCAAAACUCAAAGAAAAACUUAGAACAGAAUGUGAAAAUUCCUCAGAUACUUUAGUUUCAGAUUCAAAACCAAAAAAAAGGACUUCAGAAACAAAGGAGGAUUCAAAGGACCCAAAGAAGCAAAGGAAAGAAGAUACUAAGGGAAUCAAGAAGAAGAAGGGAGAAGUUAAAGACUUAAAAAUAAAAUCUAAAGAAGAUUCUAAAGAAAAUAAAAAGUCACGGAAGGAGAAACAUGGAGAUGUUCUGUUUGACUCAGAAUCAAGUACUCUAGAUGAUAUAUUUUCUCAAGGAACUGAUAAUGAAAAUUCAGAAUUAAAUUCUGAAAAUAAAGAUGAGAAGCAAAAGUUAAUUAGUGGAGAAGAGAGAUUAGAGCAAGAAAUUGCUGAAAAAGAUUCCAUUGCUGAUAGGUGUCUUGAUGGAUCAGCAAGUAAUGAAGAUGAUAAUAUUGAUGUUAAGGUUAAAAGAAAGAAGAAAAAAAUUCAGAAAGCUGAAGAUUAUAAAGAGGAAGGUAGAAAAGUGGAAACUCAAGACAUCUACUUAGAGAAGAAAAUCAUGCACAAAAGGCAAAAAGGUCAAGAAAAAGUAAAAAUGGUACCAGGAGAGUUGGAGAAAGUGUCACCUACUCCUUCACCAGUGCAGAAGGGUGUGAAAUGGAGUGCUGAUGAAAGAGGGCGCAAGUCCACUGAUUCAACUGGGGAGGAGAAAGAAGCAAAGAAAACUGAAACAAAAGAAAAAUCUCAAAAAAAAGAGUCUGAAAAAGAAGAAAAGAGCAGAAAAGAGCAAAAGGGCCUAAAAAGCUUUAAGGACAUCAAAAGUGCAUUUGACUUGUUUAAUGUAGCUUCAGAAGAAAAAAGUGAAUAUUCUGAGAAUAACAGCAAAAGAGAAGAAUCUUCGAUAGAAUAUAAAUUCAUAGAAGAAAUAAAAUCAAAGGACAGCAAGGUGUGCAAGGAAAAGAGGAACAUAAGAGAUGAAACAGACACAUGGACUUACAUUGCUGCAGAAGGUGAUCGAGAAGUAGUGGAUGUGUGUCAAAUGGAGAACUCUGAUGGCAAGCAACAAGUCUUGAGUCUGGGUAUGGACAUGCAGUUAGAAUGGCUGACACUAGAAGACUUUCAGAAGCAUCUUGAUGGAGAAGAUGAGAAUCAUGUGACAACAGAACCAAUAACCAGUACUCUCCUGAGGGAUGCUGUUAAAAGUGGAGAUUAUAUGACCGUGAAGAUGGCACUUUCUUCAAGUGAGGAAUAUAAUCUAGAUCAAGAGGACUCAAGUGGAAUGACCCUAGUAAUGCUUGCUGCUGCUGGUGGGCACGAUGACCUUCUCCGGCUCUUAAUCAGGAAAGGAGCUAAAAUUAAUGGUAGACAGAAAAAUGGAACAACUGCAUUGAUACAUGCAGCUGAAAAGAAUUUUCUAACAACAGUAGCUAUUCUUCUGGAAGCUGGAGCAUAUGUGAACAUGCAGCAGAGCAGUGGUGAAACUGCUUUAAUGAAGGCUUGUAAACGGGGGAAUUCUGAUAUAGUGCAGCUUAUGAUUGAAAGUGGAGCAGACUGUAACAUUGUGUCAAAGCAUCAGAACAGUGCACUGCAUUUUGCUAAACAAUGUAAUAACGUACUGGUGUAUGAGCAGCUCAAGAGUCAUUUGGAAACGUGA